AUGGUGGAAAACAUAAGAAACAAAUCAGGCAGACCAACGAGUAGGAGUGUAUCAAUGCACAAAGAUGUCCCCAAAACCUGCUCAUUCCUGAGUCUAGGUCAGUCUUAUGAAAUCCGUCUACUUGAGAAUAGGAAAUUGGGAGAGUUUCAAGAUUUAAACACAAAAUAUGUAAAGAGUAUAAUUCGUGUAGUUUUCCAUGAUCGACGCCUGCAGUACACUGAGCAUCAGCAGCUCGAGGGCUGGAGGUGGAGUCGGCCUGGGGACCGCAUCCUUGAUAUAGAUAUUCCGCUGUCAGUUGGUAUCUUGGAUCCCAGGGCCAGCCCCACACAGUUGAACACGGUCGAAUUUCUGUGGGAUCCAUCAAAGCGAGCCUCAGCAUUCAUUCAGGUACAUUGCAUCAGCACAGAAUUUACUCCACGGAAACAUGGAGGAGAGAAAGGGGUGCCCUUCCGGGUGCAAAUCGACACCUUUAAGCAGAAUGAAAAUGGUGAAUACACAGAACACUUGCAUUCUGCAAGCUGCCAGAUCAAAGUGUUCAAGCCUAAAGGAGCAGACAGAAAACAGAAGACUGACAGGGAAAAAAUGGAGAAGAAGACCACCCAAGAGAAGGAGAAGUAUCAGCCUUCCUAUGAGACAACUAUUCUCACAGAGUGCUCUCCCUGGCCAGAUGUGCCUUAUCAAAUGAACAAUGCUCCAUCUCCAAGCUACAACAGUUCUCCAAACAGCUUCAACCUUGGAGAUGGCAACAGUUCUCCAACCCAUCAAGUGGAGCUCCUGCCUCCCAGCAAUGAUCAUCUCCUUCCUUCUGCUUCUAUUCAAGAUGCCCAGCAGUGGCUUCAUCGUAAUAGGUUCUCUCCAUUCUGUAGACUCUUCUCAAGUUUUUCGGGUGCUGACUUACUGAAGAUGUCCAAAGAAGAUUUUGUUCAAAUCUGUGGGCCUGCUGAUGGAAUUCGGCUCUUUAAUGCAAUCAAAGGAAGAAAUGUGAGGCCCAAGAUGACAAUUUAUGUCUGCCAAGAACCAGAGCAAAACAGAUCACAUCUCCACCAAAAACGAGAAAAUGGAGAUGGCAGUCUUUGUGUAUAUCAUGCGAUCUUCUUGGAAGAACUGACUACGUUGGAAUUAAUUGAGAAGAUUGCAAACUUGUACAGCAUUUCUCCACAGCAGAUAAAUCGAAUCUAUCGUCAGGGACCCACAGGGAUCCAUGUAUUAGUGAGCAAUGAGAUGGUGCAAAAUUUCCAAGAUGAAUCUUGUUUUGUUAUCAGCACAUUGAAAGCUGAAAGCAAUGAUGGCUACCACAUCAUUUUAAAGUGA